AUGACAAAUAAUUUUGAUAAAGAGAAUGAAAUAGAGAAGGAAAAUGUAUCUUUCCAUACAAAAUCACCUACGCCAUAUGAAGAACCAUGGAAAGAAUUGUCUGACGACCACAAACAAUAUCUAAUUGAUAAACAUGGCACUUAUAAAUUAGACCCAAUACCGUCGAUGAAUGAUGAAGAUCCUUUAAACUGGCCGACGUACAUAAAAGCUAUACAGUUGGGGAUGCUUUCAUUCCAUGCAUUCUCGACAACAUUUAUGGCUGCUGGGUUAAUUCCAUCCUUUGCAACCUUACUGGAAGAAUUUAGUACCUCAGUCAGUGCUUGUUCAUAUUUCACUUCGACGCAAAUUUUAGUGUUAGGUAUAUUUCCAUUAUUGUGGGUUCCUUUGAUGAACAAAUAUGGAAGGCUCCAAUUAUUAGUAAUAUCAGCUUUAGGUUCAUGUGUUUUCAAUAUUGGUUGUAUAUUCUCAACCAAUUACAAAGACUUGAUGAUUUGCCGUAUAUUUGGUGCUUUCUUCGUUUCCCCUGCUAUAGCUGUGGGAGGCGGAGUUGUGUCUGAGUUGACAUUCAGUCAUCAAAGAGGCUGGUGGACUGGUUGGUGGGUUGUUGGUGUUACUUUAGGAACACAUGUUGGUCCAUUUCUUAUGGGCUUUGUUCAGUAUCAAACAGGAAACACUAAAUAUACGUUUGUUGUAUUUGCAAUAAUGAAUAUCUUGCAAUUCUUUGGGUAUUUGACGAUGGGAAAAGAGACUGUGUACAAUUCUAAGGUAUACACUAGGUCAAUCUAUUCAUUAUUUAAAAUACGACCAAAGACUGACUGUGACUUAAAUUUUGCGUUAAUGUUGAGUCCAUUCAAAUGUAUAAAUCAGCCGAAAGUUGUCAUUCCUGCCAUUGCUUAUUCGGUCACAUUUUGUUAUGCAAAUGUUGCAUGUGGAGUAGAAUUGACUAGCUUAUUCCAUGAAAAAUUUAGCUUUAACCCACAGCAGAUUGGCCUACAAUUUUUAAGUUUAAUUUUGGGGUGUAUAUUAGGAGAACAAAUCGGUGGUUGGGUUUCUGACCUUUGGAUGAAGUACUUUCAUUUCAAAAGUUCAGAAAAAACCAUAGAAGAUCGCUUAUGGUUAUCAUAUCCGGGUUUUAUUAUUGCAAUUGUAGGGUUGAUCAUUUAUGGAGUAUUACUAGGCAAUAUCACCGAUAAUACGUGGAGAUUUGGACCGCUUGUGGGUCUAUGUCUUGCGUCAUUUGGUUUACAGAUUAUAACCACUAUUUUAGUCACAUACGCAAUUGAUUCGAAUCCUGCAAAUGCGUCAAACAUAGCAUUAUUCAUAACUGUGAUACGACAGGUAUUUGGAUUUGUUGGGCCAUUUUAUUUUCCGGUGAUGUUGGAGAAUCCUGAUCUAGGAAUUAAGAGUACAUACGGAAUACUAGCUGCGCUAGUGGCAGCAUUUGGAUUAAUACCAGUUGCAUUAUUGCAUCUAUCUCGGUUUUGUGCAAAGAAUUAA